UCGGUGGCGGACGCGCGCCUUCGCGGUUAUCCAUUAAACUUUUUUUUAGUUGUACGGACUUUGUGUUUUGUGCCAGUGUGAAUUAAAAAAAAAGAAAUGAACGAUAGAGUUUUAUAAUCUAUACCCAGCACGAUGUCUCCGGUCAUCUCAAUAAAACUGCCUCCACGCGAUCAUUAUAACGUGAACCUGCUUCUUUUCCAUAUAAUUAUGUGACGGACGUUGUGUUUAUUGCGGACAGUGGUUACAUGUAUAGACGAUGCAUCUAUCGAGUGAAGUUAGUUCGACUACUAAUGGUUUGGGGCACGAAGCGCCGCCGUCGAGCUAUGGGGCGCUGCCCAGUCAGCCGCUGACUGCUGAACUGCUGGCUGAGAGGACCCUGGAAGGUCUUCUGGCUGAUCAUCCUGGAGAACUUGUUAAGACUGGAAGCCCGCAUGUUGUAUGUACAGUGCUGCCACCACACUGGCGGUCAAACAAAACCCUACCAGUUGCAUUCAAGGUGGUAGCCCUGGGUGACGUAGGGGACGGUACCCUAGUUACCGUCCGAGCUGGCAACGAUGAGAACUGCUCCGCUGAACUCCGAAAUUGCACGGCGGUUAUGAAGAACCAGGUCGCGAAAUUUAAUGACUUGCGCUUCGUUGGGAGGAGUGGAAGAGGCAAAUCCUUCACACUGACGAUAAUGCUAGCGACGUCGCCGCCUCAAGUGGCGACCUACCAGAAGGCUAUAAAGGUGACGGUGGACGGACCCCGGGAGCCCAGAUCGAAGACACGCCAUCACGGCUUUCAUCCAUUUCAUUUUGGACCACGGUUCGCGCCUGACCCGCUUAUGGGCUCUCUGCCUUUCAAAUUAUCGGGCAUAGCUCACCAGCUAGCUGGUCUACCAGGCAAUGAGUGGGGGGCGCUGGCCCGUCACUAUCCCCCGCCAUUACUACCCACGCACGCUCACUUCACGCCACACGUAUUACCGCCUGCACAUUCACAGCCUCAUGCUGUUCCACCAGUUCCACAUGAAAACGACGUAACAUCUGACAAUCCGACAACAAUGCACGCGCACAGUACAACAAGCCCGUCUAAUUCCCGACCCAGCUCGCCACAAGAUGACGACGACAUAUCUGUGACGGCCUCCAUCAGCCCGCCGCCGGACGACCGCCCCGGCGCUUUCACAUCAGUCACAAGAACGCGAAAACCUUUGCAACCAUUACCGCCUCCCUCAAGCCUCUUCCACAGCGCACUUGCCGCUCAGCUAUUCCUCAAUUCACCCCUUUUACCCACACCUCCAGCGUGGCUGUACUCACAGUUAUACGGCGGAUACGACUGGUGGCUAAGACCGCCUCAACCGCAAGAAGACUCCAAUUCUAGUCCCGAUAGAGAAGAAACUGGAUCGACCAGCUCAGCAAAGAAAAGACCAGCGUCGCCAGAGUGGGCAGAACAAGGUGUCAGAACGAGGAGCAAAGCGCUAAUUUCUUCGGAAAGGAGACCUGUUGAUGUUUGGCGUCCGUAUUAG